GCUCAUUGGCGCGGGCCGGAGCCAGAGCACCCAGACCCUGCGCUGCACUCGGCCGGCCGCAAGCGCGGAGCCCGAGCUGUCCAGGCCACGGCGCCGGGCCACGAGAGCCUCGACGCCGACCGCCCACGCCUCCUCGGCCGGGCCCAGAGCGGGGAGCAGGGCGAGCGAGCAGGCGCGGCCGGCGCCCCGCCGCUCAGACGCCCCCGGCCCGGCGCCCCCACCGCUGCUGCCGGCUCACGGCCACCCGCUCUCCGCAGGUGGCCGCGGGCGCGAGCGGCGCGGCCAUGGCCCGAGGGGUGCGCGUGCUGCUGCUGCUGGGCCUGCUGCAUUGGGCCGGGGGCGGCGAGGGGAGGAAGACCUGGCGGCGCCGUGGCCAGCAGCCGCCCCCGCAGCGGGCCGAGGCGGCGCCCGCGGCCGGACAGCCGGUGGAGAGCUUCCCGCUGGACUUCACGGCCGUGGAGGGCAACAUGGACAGCUUCAUGGCGCAGGUCAAGAGCCUGGCGCAGUCCCUGUACCCCUGCUCCGCGCAGCAGCUCAACGAGGACCUUCGCCUGCACCUCCUGCUCAACACGUCAGUGACUUGUAACGACGGCAGCCCCGCCGGCUACUACCUGAAGGAAUCCAAGGGCAGUCGGCGGUGGCUACUCUUUCUGGAAGGCGGCUGGUACUGCUUCAACCGGGAGAACUGCGACUCCCGGUACGACACCAUGCGGCGCCUCAUGAGCUCCAGGGACUGGCCACGAACCCGCACAGGCACGGGGAUCCUGUCCUCCCAGCCAGAGGAAAACCCCCACUGGUGGAACGCCAACAUGGUCUUCAUUCCCUACUGCUCCAGUGACGUCUGGAGUGGGGCUUCAUCCAAGUCUGACAAGAAUGAAUAUGCCUUCAUGGGCGCCCUCAUCAUCCAGGAGGUGGUGCGAGAGCUCUUGGGCAAAGGGCUGAGCGGGGCCAAGGUGCUGCUGCUGGCAGGGAGCAGCGCUGGGGGCACGGGCGUGCUCCUGAACGUGGACCGUGUGGCCGAGCGGCUGGAGGAGUUGGGCUACCCGGCCAUCCAGGUGCGCGGCCUGGCUGACUCAGGCUGGUUCCUGGACAACAAGCAAUACCUGCGCACGGACUGCCUGGACACUGUCACCUGUGCACCCACGGAGGCCAUCCGCCGUGGCAUCAGGUACUGGAACGGCAUGGUCCCCGAACGCUGUCGGCGCCAGUUCAAGGAGGGUGAAGAGUGGAACUGCUUCUUUGGCUACAAAGUCUACCCCACCCUGCGCUGCCCGGUGUUCGUGGUGCAGUGGCUGUUUGACGAGGCCCAGCUGACUGUGGACAACGUGCACCUCACGGGCCAGCCGCUGCAGGAGGGCCAGUGGCUGUACAUCCAGAACCUGGGCCGGGAGCUGCGGGACACUCUCAAGGACGUGUCGGCCAGCUUCGCCCCCGCCUGCCUCUCCCACGAGAUCAUCAUCCGAAGCCACUGGACAGAUGUCCAGGUGAAGGGGACCUCGCUGCCCCGGGCGCUUCACUGCUGGGACAGAAGCCUCCACGACAGCCACAAGGCCAGCAAAGCCCCUCUGAAGGGCUGCCCAGUCCACCUGGUGGACAGCUGCCCCUGGCCGCACUGCAACCCGUCCUGCCCCACCAUCCGAGACCGGUUCACGGGGCAGGAGAUGAACGUGGCCCAGUUCCUCAUGCACAUGGGCUUCGAUGUGCAGACCAUGGCGCAGCAGCAGGGCCUGGAGCCCAGUAAACUGCUGGGCAUGCUGAGCAGCGGGAGCUAGGGGGUCCCCUGAGGCCACCCAGGCCCUCCCAGGACAGACAGGGCCCCGGCCAUCCCCCCCGCCCCCCCCUGCCCGCCGCAGCCUUCACUGCCCCUCUCCCACUGCGUUCAGGAGGCCCAGCCGGAAGGGUGGACCUGCCGUUUGCCCCAGGGGUGGUCUCAGGGCCGCUGUCCCCCCACUCGCCUCCCCCGCCUCCAGCCCAGGGUGGGGAGCCAGAAGCACUGGAUUCCUCAGCCCCUCAGCCCCAGCCUCUCCUGUCCUUUUGUAUUAUUUUAUAAAGUGACUUUUUUAUUACUUUAAUUUUUUAAAAAAGGAAAAUAAGCAAGAAAUAUAUGAUGAAUGAUAUUGUUUU